CCGCGGGAAGUCGACGGCCGGGGAUUCCCUUUCUCACCCGGUCUCAGCGGCCGGCAAGUGGUGGGAAAGCGACGGUGGCGGGGAAGCGGCCGCGGCGAUGAGGCAGAAGCACUACCUGGAGGCCGCGGCGCGGAGACUACAGGAUAGCUGCCCGGGCCAGGCCCGCUAUCUCCUCUGGGCCUACAGUUCGUCACACGAUGAUAAGGGCACUUUUGAAGAAACGUGUCCAUACUGUUUCCAGUUUUUGGUUCUGGAUAACGCUCGAGUGCGCCUCAAACCCAAGGCCAAAUUGACACCGAAAAUACAGAAACUUCUUAAUCGAGAAGCAAAAAACUAUACACUCAGUUUUAAAGAAGCAAAAAUUGUGAAAAAAUACAAAGACUCCAAAAGUGUAUUGUUGGUUACUUGUAAAACAUGCAACAGAACAGUUAAACAUCAUGGUAAAAGUAGAAGCUUUCUGUCGGCACUGAAGAGCAAUCCUACCGCUCCUACGAGUAAACUCAGUGCGAAGACACCAGAGGGAAAGACUCUCCGUCCAGCAAACCUAAGUCAUGAUAUGUCUGGUUCCAAAGGCAAGAGCCCAGCAUUGAUUUUCAGAACACCUACAACUGAACAGUCAGUGUCUGCUGGCUCCUCAAAGAAUGUGAGCAACACAAAGAAACACUUCUCUCGACUGAAAAUGUUGCUUAGUCAAAAUGAAUCCCAAAAGAAUCCAAAGUUGGAUUUCAGAAAUUUCUUAUCUUCUCUGAAGGGUGGACUUUGAAAAUAAGAUAUGUACAGUGCAAUUUCUGAAACUAAAGUUAGUAAAACAGUUUUUUCAACAUUUAUUCUUUAAAUACAUAGAGGUCUAAGAGCAGACUUUUCUUGGCAUCCUUCAGUGUUGAUCGGGAAAAGACAUCAUUAGGAUGUGUGAGUGAAACCUGCCUGUGUUAUAGGAUGGUUGUAAGGAUCAAAAAAUGAAAGUUCCUUGUAAAUAAAGGUAUCUGUGUA